UGGGCUAGUGAAGAACUGCUGGAUCCUUUGCAGCAUAGGCAGAGGAGGCAGGAGCCCCUGAGUGGGCUAGCUGCUUGAGCUGGGGAUGCCUGGGCAGAUGCAGAAGCAGCUGGAAAGGUGGCACUGCACUUGGUCGCAGAAGCUGCCGCUGUUCCUAGGAGACAGAGAAGCAGCAAGCCUGCGGGGGGAGGGGGAGCAAGUGGGUUGCUGCUUUUAGCAGCUGAAAGGACUGCAGGGAGCUCUGGGUAAGACAUUUUCUACUGCUGUUGCUUCUGCGGUAGAAACUGCCGCGAGUAAGUCAGAGGAAGGAGGAUCGAGAGGGAGGAGGCUUCAGUUGCAGCCAUGCUGAAUCACUGUUGCUGAUCAGAUCUCCCGCUGGGCUGCUGGGAGAACCGGGAACAGAGCUAGGAUCGCCGGGUAUACGCACUGUUCAGCAGCUACCACCCCUGCUGGGCCUCGCACAAUGGAGGGCGAAAGUGUCAAGCCAAACUCCCAGCCACAGAUACAGGCUGGGGAUGAUGAGAAGAACCAGAGGACAGUCACUGUCAACCCAGCCCACAUGGGAAAGGCCUUCAAGGUUAUGAAUGAGCUUCGGAGUAAGCAGCUGUUGUGUGACGUGAUGAUUGUGGCAGAAGAUGUGGAAAUAGAAGCCCACCGUGUGGUCCUGGCAGCCUGCAGUCCCUACUUCUGUGCGAUGUUCACAGGUGACAUGUCUGAGAGUAAAGCCAAGAAGAUUGAAAUCAAGGAUGUGGAUGGGCAUACGCUUAGGAAGCUGAUUGAUUACAUCUAUACUGCAGAAAUUGAGGUGACCGAAGAGAAUGUGCAGGUGCUGCUCCCAGCAGCCAGCUUGCUGCAGCUCAUGGAUGUUCGGCAGAACUGCUGUGACUUCCUGCAGUCUCAGUUGCAUCCCACCAAUUGCCUGGGCAUCCGUGCAUUUGCAGAUGUGCACACCUGCACCGACCUUCUGCAGCAGGCCAAUGCCUAUGCAGAGCAGCACUUUCCAGAGGUGAUGCUGGGGGAAGAAUUUCUUAGCCUAAGUCUGGACCAGGUGUGCAGCUUGAUAUCCAGUGACAAGCUGACCGUUUCUUCAGAAGAGAAGGUGUUUGAAGCUGUGAUUUCCUGGAUCAAUUAUGAGAAAGAGACCCGUUUAGAGCAUAUGGCAAAACUGAUGGAACACGUCCGACUCCCUCUCUUGCCCAGGGAUUAUCUAGUGCAGACAGUUGAAGAAGAGGCUUUGAUAAAGAAUAACAACACCUGUAAGGACUUCCUCAUCGAGGCCAUGAAAUACCAUCUGCUCCCCCUGGAUCAGAGACUCUUGAUUAAGAACCCUAGAACCAAGCCCAGGACUCCAGUAAGCCUGCCUAAGGUGAUGAUUGUGGUUGGUGGCCAAGCACCCAAGGCAAUCCGCAGCGUGGAGUGCUAUGAUUUUGAGGAGGACCGGUGGGAUCAGAUUGCAGAGCUUCCAUCCAGGAGAUGCAGAGCCGGUGUGGUGUUCAUGGCCGGCCACGUGUAUGCUGUGGGUGGGUUUAAUGGCUCCCUGCGGGUGCGGACUGUGGACGUGUAUGACAGUGUGAAGGACCAGUGGACGUCCAUUGCCAGCAUGCAGGAGCGCCGGAGCACACUGGGUGCGGCCGUGCUCAAUGACCUGCUGUACGCGGUGGGAGGUUUCGAUGGCAGUACUGGCCUGGCGUCGGUGGAAGCCUACAGCUACAAGACCAACGAGUGGUUCUUUGUGGCCCCGAUGAACACGCGGCGCAGCAGUGUGGGUGUGGGCGUUGUGGAGGGGAAGCUUUAUGCCGUUGGGGGUUAUGAUGGGGCCUCCCGCCAGUGUCUGAGCACCGUGGAGCAGUACAACCCAGCGACCAACGAGUGGACGUAUGUGGCUGACAUGAGCACCCGCCGCAGUGGUGCAGGGGUUGGGGUGCUCAGCGGACAGCUGUAUGCCACAGGCGGUCAUGAUGGGCCCUUGGUGAGGAAGAGUGUUGAAGUUUACGAUCCUGGAACAAACACCUGGAAGCAGGUGGCGGACAUGAACAUGUGCCGACGCAAUGCAGGGGUCUGUGCAGUGAAUGGGCUCCUGUAUGUGGUUGGAGGAGACGAUGGAUCCUGCAACCUGGCUUCAGUGGAGUACUACAAUCCUGUCACGGACAAGUGGACACUGCUACCAACCAACAUGAGUACUGGCCGGAGCUAUGCAGGUGUUGCUGUGAUCCACAAGUCCUUGUGACCCAAACUCCCACUGCUAAGAGACGGAGGAAGGAGCAGGUGCUGCCUGUGACUGGGAGCCGUGGGACCGUAACGACUGGAUUCAACUCACUGGGAGGGUCCGAGGUGGUGUGAGCAGCACCCUCUCCCACCGGUGCAGCCUCUCGCAGCGUGGACUCGGGUGACCCAGCUCCCUCUCCCCCAAGGUGCUUUGGCCUCUACCCUGAGCAGCGGAGUUCCUGACAGCCUCAGCAGCACCUUUGGGCUUUUUUUCUUGUUUCUACAGGGACAACAGAGAACCGUGUGUGUGUGUGUGUGUGUGUGUGUGUGUGUGUGUGUGUAAAACAUGGUGUUUCUCUCGGCUGGGGUGUGGGGAUGUGUGAUGUGUGAUCGUCCCACUGGAUUUCUUUACUACUGAUCCCUUCACCAUGCUAAAACUCAAAAUCACAGAAACCUCUCUUCUGGAUUUGUCCCAUGGAAACCCCAAGAUUGCCAUAGCUGCUGUCUUCUGGGGAUCCACUUGGAUAGGCUGGGCAUGUCUAGGAGUAAUCGGCCAGGGCAGGGCAGUCCUCUGACCGUACCUGUACAGGUGACUUGACUACUGUAGCUCUGGGCCUUUCUUGAAGCUGCCAUGUCCUCUGGGUACCAGGCCAGGGAGCAAACAGAAUCUGUGCUCCUCGCCAGACAUUCUUCCUCAGGCUCUCCUCUGGGAAGGUGAGAAUGGCCUAGUCUUCAUAUCUGGGCCUCUGAUCUUUGAUGUCAUGGAUUCUGGGUUUGGAAGAUUUUGUGUCUCUUCCAUAGGGAAAACAAAUUCUUCAGAGAAGCCCAGGUAGCACACUGGAGAAAAAAAUAUAUAAGAAAAAAACAAAAACAAAAACAAAAAACCAAAGUGGUAAGGAUUCAAUCCCUGCCCACAGUGGUCUCAGAAAGGGGUCUGACUUCUGGGUUUCCCAGGACAGGACAGCCCCCAUGUAUACUUAUCAUUUGGGUCUCAUUAUUCACAGCACCAAAUUAUACUGACAAGUGUUCUGAUUUGGAGGAUAAGUAACAGGUCACCCUUCCAUCAAACCCAGAGAUAGUUCUGUCCCUGUGUUGGCUGGGGUCAUAUGAUUCGGAUGGCCAUGAAGGACUUCAAGGAGUAUACCCACUGGUGUCAGCCCUUGGACUUUGUGACAAGGGUCAGGUCUGUCUCAUGCUUGUCUCCCUUUUCUUGUGCUCUCCUUCCAAUUCAGGGUUUGUGCCUCAGCCUUCAGGACACCUUCCCUCUUUGCUUCCCUUGUGAGGCGGGAGAUGGCAGUGGACCCUAGAUUUGAGAUUUCUUCCCAGGACACUUGCAUUUUAAAAGAGGAGUUUGAUGAGAGCUUUGCUAAGUCAUUGGUCAGAAUUAUCAAUGAUAGAAUUUCAAGCAUCUGGAGUGGCAUAUUUGAGGGUGCAGGGGGUCAUUUGUACUAAAAAACAAAACAAAACCUUGAAGCCAUGCAGUUUCCAAGCUAGAAAACUAUUCAUGUUGGAAUUAUGACAUUGACGUUUUGUGUCUUGAAUAGUCUCACACUUUAGGAGCUGGGUUAACCUUUCCUGAUGUCCAGGUAGUAUAUUUAUUGUGCACUCCUGUACAACACUCCUGUAGUUGAAAUUUCUCUUCCCAGUAUUUAGCAAGUGUUAUUUCAGUGAGAUGUUUGGAGAGCAUCAAGGUACCCAGGAGAUUUUAUAGCCUUGGUAAGAGGAUAUUUUAGUACAGCUUGGGUGGAACUAGAAGAUGUUUCUGGAGGAAUCAAGGCAUGCUUGAGUUAGGUGCUCUGGUCUUACCCAGUAGGGAUUUGUCUCACAGCAGGGAUGGCUGUGAUUUUCAGAGCUCUGCCUAUCCCUGGGUUGGAAGUUGAUAGAAUAAGCUUUUUAUUCCAAAUGUCCUUCCUUUCUCUCCAAAGAAGUUCUAGCACUUGUUUGGGGGACGGUACAUGUAGUAAGAAUGAGGUUGAGGUAUGCUGUUCACACAAGCCCUCCAAUCAGAAGAGAGGCGAAUUCCCAUCCCCUCUCCCACCACCAAGAAGCUAGACAUUUGUGCUUACAUGGGGAAGGCUAGUUUUUGUGUGUCAUCUUCCCAGAAAGAUCCCUCCCCUGAAAGCUAGUCAGCUGUGUUUUCUGCCUUUGGGUUUUCGCUGUUGGCCCCACCUGGCAUCUCCCUGCCUAGGAGGCACUGUCCCUGCUGGCAGUGCUGCUGAGGCGUGUUUAUUUCAUCCUCAUGCAUCCUUUCUCAUGGGGACUAGGACACUGGCAUGUCACUACCAAAAAGCCACUCUUCUGUGGCUGCCCACAGAUGCCAUCCUGAAACUGCUGUCUCUUUAUCCCCAGGUAUUAUUCUUUCCCCACAGUGGAUACAUCAGACUGACUUUAAGUCAGUGCAGGUCACAUGGUACGUGACAUCUCCCCCUUCCCACCCCCAUUGGGGUGGCCACUACUGCUUGCAAAAGCGGCUUUGCCAGUGGCAUAUCUGGAAUCUGAUUGCGGUGGGGAAAUGGAAUUGAGGCCCAAGGUUAGAAGCAGCUUAGACGCCACUUGGAUACUGAUUUGGACAGUGUAGAAAUCAGCUUGUGAAUUCCAAAGUUAUUUCUCUUAAGUACCCAAUGGCAUCUCUUCAUCUCAAAAGUUGCAGUAUUAUGCAAAUGAAGUGACCUCAUUUUCUGCUAUGCAAUAAGAAUACUUAAUUCUAUUUCAUGACAAGCCAGUUGCAAUAUCCCCUCAGAUGCUUUCUGAGCUGUCUUACUUUGGUAUCUGUUGUGUAAUGUUUGUAUAUUUCUGAGCCAGAUCCUUUCAAAGAUUGUCUUUUUAUAAAAUUGAAGCUAUAGCUUUCAGGCUAAAAUUUUAAUGUAGAUAUUUUUAUAAGAUCAUUUUUCAAAUAUCUGACUUGCUUUUUGUUGUCCACCGUGAUGAAAUGUUAUGUUCUGUACUUCAUUCAGUCUCACACACAAUCUGUACCUGUUGCUGUCUUCCCUUUGUUUCUCCCCUCCUCAAACAGAUUUUCAGGAGCUCCAGGUAGAUGGGCCUCCAUUUUUAUACCAUAUUCAAGGGAAACUGUUAAAUUUAAAUGCAACUGGGCUGGGAUGUUGCUCAGUAGAGUGCUUGCCUAGCAUGCAUGAGCCCCUGAGUUCAAUCCCCGGCACCAAGGGGUGGGGGGAAAAGAAACUGCAGUCACUGGUGUUUCUUAAAUUGCUAGGGCCUAAUGUUAAGCUUAACUUAGCACUUACCCAACUAUACUGCUUGUCUGUCUGUCUGUCUAGCUGUUUUUUUGGAGUCUGCUUCCUGAGAGGUGAGGCUGGGUUGGCCCACCUCUUGUAGCUCUUACUGUCUGGUACUGAGCCUGGCCCACGGGCAUGGAACAACUGCAGAGUGUGGCCUGCCUGGCAGCCCACACUCUUUGAGUUUUCUGGGUCCAGCAGACCAUUCCUCAUUCUGUUCUGUUCUCUUAUUCUUCUGAAACUUCCAGGACCUAAGGUAUUUGCUGCCAGGUCUUUUUUGGAAGCAUCUGUCCCUGUCUCACCUGGAGGGGUCCACCAUGGUCCCUGAGAAGAACGUGUUCAGCACGCGCUCUGCAGAUGCUCACGCUACACUUGGGACUUAUCUCCCAAGCUGUGUCUCCACUCCAGGCUCUGUUUUGUGUAUUUAUCUAACAUAGCCUCAUGUUUUUUUUUUUUAAACAUUUAUUUGUAUUGUUGUUGGGACGGGUGCCAUUUAAAUCACCUCCAUGCUCCCCAUUUGCACCUCAUUGGAUCAAGUUGGGAGGCUGAGCACACUCAUAUUCCAGUUAGGUGGAGUUUUUGAGGCUCUGUUUGCCAGUAGAAGCAAGGAGGUUGGAAUGUAUAUUUUUUAAGUGUUUGCACUAUUUAGAGUCCUGAGCCCCUCGUAUUCAGCUGUGUUGUAUCUACUGACCAAGCAGGAGAGCUGUAGCACUUCCGGCAUCUGGGAACAAAAGAGGCUUCUUCCAGGGUGGAUAAUCACAACCUCAUGACCUUGUUCAACCUUUGUCUUGGGACUCAGUGACUGGGAUGCACCAUCAACUGGCAGGAACGCGUGGGACUAUGGCAUUUGCAGAAACAAAUUGCCCUAGGGCUCUGUUCUUGCUUUUGGUUAUGAGAUUGUAAAUCAUUUCCCCCCUUUUCAGUGGCAAUAAAGGACUCUUAUUGGA